AUGGCAGCCCCUGGAAAUAAUCCUGCUCCUGAAUUUUCUGAGAGAUGUUCCAGAAAUAUUGAACCGAAGAAAGUAAGAGGAUUUGAAGAUAUCAUAAAUCAACCCUUCAGCGAGGCAAGGAAGUUGAUACAAGGUCUAUCUCUUGCUCAUCUAGAAGCGGUUCGUGUUGGGAUAUCUUCUGAUUCAUAUGCCGAAGAGGUUGAGUCUGUCUGGAAACCAGUUGAACGCGAAACUGAGCCAUACCCACCUGGUAUGAGGACUGCACGAUUGGCUAAAGCUGAUUUCGAAAUCGAACGUGAAGAGGAUGACUAUCUGGACGCAACAUAUGACGACCCUGAAGAUCAUUUGGAGGAAACUCCUGAAGAUGGCUCCGACGAAGGAUUCAAAGGAAAUUCCACAGAAGAAGAAGAUGAUGAUCGUGCAGAUGAUACUGAUUCUGACGAAUCUGAUGGCUAG